GCCUUUACAAUACCAUUGUGUUUCACUACGCUGAAGUUACUCUGGUCUGAAUUUUCUACUGUCGUCUUAUUGUACACCAUAUUUUGUAGGUCUUCAAUAUGUGGUUGAUAAAAAAUCUGAAAUUAUGUAAUUAUUCACAAGAUGUAUAAGUGUUUAUAUCGACUCAUGAUAGUGAGAUGUCAGGUUUUACUGUAGAUGAUGUUUUGCUAUCCUUCACUGUUAUAUAGUAGUACUCUAGAUGUGUUCUGCAUACUCUUAUUAUCGAUGUGCGAGGCCCUACAUUCCUGUACUGUAGACGACAUAGCAAUCAGUCGCCCAGUACAAAUAAAUUAUCUAGUCUCAGCUGGACCAGUUGGUUCCAUUAACAUUUAACCCAUCCUGUGUGUAUGAUUUUUCUUUCGCAGUAUCAGCUGUAGCAAUUAGAUUUAAAUAUAGACUAUAUGCAGUAUCUGUGAAAUGUAAUCCAGUAUUAACUAGCUUGCUUUCGUGGUUGCUAAAUAAGAAUACAUUAUUCUUAUUUGUGAGACACAGGAGAUAUAGUAAUACGAGCGGUACAAACUAGAAUAUUCGUCGUGAAAAAUUUAUUAUUAAUUUACAUUUCAUUGUUAAUAAAAUGUGUUCUCUUUUCGCCAUCGUUAUUUUGUAGUAGCGAACGUCUUUGUUAUUUAUGUACAUCAGUUGAAGGUCCAGUACAAACUAUCUAGAAGGCAGUGACAUAGGUGAGAAAAUGGCAGUCAUAAGGGAGACUAGGUUUAAUGGAACAGUUCCUACAUUAUCGUUAAAUAGCCCAUCGAAGUCUACAGAAGCUGAAGAUGUUGAUCCAAGGCACGACGAGCUUCACAACAUUCAAAGUAUGAUUCGUCUGACCCGCGAAAAUAUCGACGCACUCAACGCAAAAUUCGCAGGUUUUCAGCAUCCUCCGUCAAUGUAUCUGACAGAGUACCAAGAAUUGACCAGCAAACUGUACGAGUUCCAAGCAAAAGAACACGAAUUAAUCGAACAACUUAGUAAUGGACGUGAAAGCCCGCAGGAUAUAAGUGAACGUAGUGGUUUCAGUAACAAUAACAGUGUUUGUGGUGGUGACAGUUCUCCAAAACUAGUACCAAGAUCUCCUCUUAAGUCAGUGGUGCGUGCCCAUCUACCUAAUCAGCAGAGAACAACAGUGCAAGUGAGACCAGGCCAAACUCUUAGGGAAGCAUUGGCGAAAGCGUUAAAACUACGUAAGCUCACUCCCGAAAUGUGCGUAGUGUACAGAGGUCAAAGUAAGAUUUCCAUCCCAUGGGAGGCAGACAUAUCCUCAUUGGAGGGCGAAGAAAUUACUGUUGAAAUUCUAGACAGGUUUUCAAUUACGACAAGUAUAUCACACAAUUUUGUAAGGAAAACGUUUUUUUCUCUGGCAUUUUGUGAGUGUUGUACACGCUUGCUGUUCCAAGGAUUUUACUGCAGGACUUGUGGUUACCGCUUUCAUCAGCGAUGCGCUACUGGUGUUCCAGCAUUGUGUCAACAGGUGCGCAUGCAGGACACGUACUACCGCAUCUUACUAGCCCAGAAUCCUGUGACAUCUGCUGGCAUUUUGCAGACUUCAUCAGAUUUUGGUUCUUCGCAUGUGUCAACACACUCCCAGCGCCAGUCAGUGCCUCGUCGUCACCCUCCAGCAUUGGGUGCUCGAGAGAGAUCCAGCUCAGCCCCCAACGUUUGUUACAACCUUGUGGGUCAUGGUGUGGAAGGUCCAUUGCUGGAUGAGUUUGCAGGUCGUGUGGCACGGUCGGCAGCAGGUAUGCACCAAGGCCUCGGAGGCACCAGUGGACAAGGUGCUACAUGCAGUCCUGGUGGCAGUCCAACAAAGCCAUCCCACAGCCAGAGUGCCCAGGCUUCUCCAACAAAUACUCUUCGUCCAUGGAGACCACGUGCACGUUCUGCUGACGAGAGUGGUAACAAGGUGAGACCUCCACGAGAAUCAAUAGAGGAUUGGGAGAUUCCUGCGGACGAGAUUCUCAUUGGUCCUCGGAUUGGUUCGGGUUCCUUUGGAACUGUAUACAAGGGACAUUGGCAUGGCCCAGUUGCCGUGAAGACACUCAAUGUGAAAGAUCCCACACCUACACAACUACAGGCUUUCAAGAACGAGGUGGCUGUCCUGCGGAAGACUCGACAUGUAAACAUCCUACUGUUUAUGGGUUGUGUGAGCAAGCCACAGCUGGCAAUAGUUACCCAGUGGUGUGAAGGUUCCAGUUUGUACAAACAUUUACAUGUGAUAGAAACAAAGUUCGAGUUAUUGACUCUCAUUGAAAUUGGGAGGCAAACUGCGCAGGGUAUGGACUACCUCCACGCAAAAAACAUUAUACACAGAGACUUGAAGAGCAACAAUAUAUUCCUUCAUGAUGAUCUCACAGUUAAAAUAGGUGAUUUUGGACUGGCCACUGUCAAAACAAGGUGGUCUGGAUCACAACAGUUUCAACAGCCCUCAGGUUCUAUUUUGUGGAUGGCACCUGAAGUUAUCAGAAUGCAAGAAGAUAGCCCUUAUAGUUUCCAGUCUGAUGUCUAUGCCUUUGGUAUUGUGCUGUAUGAACUGUUGGCUGGUCAGUUGCCAUACUCAAACAUAAAUAACAAAGAUCAAAUUUUGUUUAUGGUUGGUAGGGGCUAUUUGCGACCUGAUCUCAAUAACUUGCGAUCUGAUACUCCUAAAGCACUUCGUAGGCUUACAGAGGACUGUAUCAAAUUGAACAGGGAUGAACGUCCUCUAUUUAGACAGAUUCUUGCUUCAUUAGAAAGUGCUCUUCAGUCAUUACCAAAAAUACACAGAUCAGCAUCAGAACCUACCUUGAACCGUACUCAGCUUCAGUCAGAUGACUUUUUGUACAUGUGUGCCUCUCCUAAGACCCCAAUCAAUUCUCAAUUCGGAGCUUUUCCAUUUUCUGUUGGUGGUAUCAUUUAAUUGUCUUUGACUGUAGUAAAUUUCUUUUCCUUUUUCCCCUUUACUGUUUUUUUUUUAUUAUUAUUUUUUUUUAUUUUUCUCGAUUGCUGUGUAGAACAACAUAGCUUUCCAUACUAAAAUAACGUAAAUCAUUUGAAUAUGACUGUGGAAUUAUUUUUCACAAUUGUCUUCAACAGUAGAAUGUUCAGAGUAGAAUUUAGCAAUUGUGCCUGCACAGUACUUGCAUAUAUGCAAUCUUCCUCAUCUGCCAAAGAAUUGUGAUAAACGAAUAGAUCUUUUGAAUAAUUCCUAAAAAACCAGUGCCAUUCUAAUCUCUCAGUAUUUAUGCCAGCAAGUUGGACUUAUAAAGCUAGGAUUUUUCUUAUCAAAUACCUAGUAUGUAGUAGUGUGCAUGAAUUCUUUACUCUUCUUCAGUGCUAUUUCAUUGCUUGCUAGCUACAUUUUCUCAAAGCACUAGUUAAGACAUUUCUGUAUGAAUGUAUUUAAGGAGAUAAAAAUGCAGUAUAGCCCAUCCAAGGGCAAGUACUUUGAAAAGUUAAAUUGCAUGCAUAAUUAUAUUUAUUAUUCAUAAAUAAGACAAAAAUUAUUUACUGAAAAUUAAAAUGUGGGACGAGAAGGGACAUCUUAAUCUGUUCGGUGGAUUGUAGUGUGUUAAUAGAUGAAAUUAUGUACUACUAUCUUUAUUCAUAAAUCUUUUCCUUCUCUCACAUCUGAACUGAGAGAUAAAAAUGCAGAAAAUGGCAUUGAGUCUUAGUAAAUAUGAAGACUGUUGUUUGUUGGUCAUCUGAAGUGCUCCCUCAGGCUAAGAGGUAGUUAUAAUUGCAGAAAAUACCAAUAGUGUGUGUGUCACUUGUGUCCGUCACACUACUGGGGGCCCGUUAUCUUCCCACAUUUUUAAUGAUCACAUUCUUGAGUUGCAUUAUUUGAUUUAUGUGACAAUGGUGUAAAAUACUGCUACACUGAGAGUUCAUAAUAGAUUAGAGCAGAUAGCUGGUCUCUUUGUUUGACAGCUUAUAAGUGAAUGCCAGAUACAGGAUCUGAAAUGAAAACAGGACACAUUUUUCUCGUAACUCACCCUUUAGCAAUUUAUAUGAUGGGAUUAAUAAAGAGCCAGUGCUAUCAUUUGCAUUGGCAGCAUGUGAGUUACAGCAUAGACCUAAUGUUCAUAAGAUUAUGCUGAUUAUAAAGAAAUAUAUUUAGAAGAAACAAAGGAAUUUCACUGUAACUGUAUCUAUUUUGAGAUCUUACACUAUUCAGUUCUGCAGAGAAAUUUCUCUGUAGUCUGUUGUAUAUGUGAAAGAGUUGUUUAUUUAUAGUGUAAGUGAUAUUUGCAGUAAAUGUUAUGAUAUAGAAUUUAUCUUUUUUUCUGUCAAAGCAUUAAUUUAGCAGGUUCAUCCACGAAUGAGCCUUUAACUUUUUUUAAUGAAUAUUUAGGUUGUUUCAUUUUCUCAUCUGUAAAUGUCACAGGUUAUUGGAGUUUCCUAUUACUUGGAUAGUGUCUUCUUUUAUGAUGUCCUGUAAUCUUUCUAAAAAAGUGCUGAAUAUUAUGGUAAAACACAUAAAUGGAAACUUUUUCUGCCCUUGACACACUUUGCAACAACAGAAAAGAUAUGGAUUAGCUGAAAGCAAAUUUACCAUACAGUUGCAAAACAUUCAGUUUAGGCGAAAUACACACAAAACAGAGAAGGGAAAAGGAGGCUGCCACACAUCAAGUGCUAAAUUACACUUAUGGUUCCCCCUCACAUUUACCAGUUAAGAAAAUAUAUGCCACAUUUGAAGACUUAGAUGUUUAUCUUCUGAACUUAACUCAGUGGUGGAUUAUUCAUUUCAAGCAACCUGGCUCAUAUUUACCAGCAGUUGUGUUUCAUGCUCUUGUAUUUCCGUCAGUUGUGCUGAAUUUUUGAUUGGAUGCUAAUAUUAAAUAUUCUGGUUGUUUGUAACUAUUUCAUUAUAUGAACUUGGACGUUUUCACUGUAGCUGAAGACUGUGAGCACAUUAUAAAAAAGUCUUCAAUGUGAACUGGAUUGACUGACAGUUCCAAAUGUCAUUUAUUUGAGACAGUGUAUUGAUACUAUUUUUGUCUUUCGCAAGAUAUGUUUGCGUAAAGAGGUAAUUUUAUUUUUUCCAUUGUAAUUGCUUAUCAGUGGAGUUUAGAUCCCUGUGUGUGAUUUUGAGCACUCAGUGUGUUGCAAAUGUAGAUUGCACCUUCAGCAGGCUCUAAAAAUGUUACAGGACUGUGUAAUGCUUAGAUAACUAAUUUAUACAAUUGGAAGAGGUUUCAUUAAUAUGUUUAAAAAUAAUGUUGUGUAAUGUAUAAAGAUGGAUGUAAAAUGCAUAUUCUGCUUGAAAUCUUUACCGAUAAACAGUUAAGAAAACAUUUUGGCUUUCUGCUGUCUUAAGGACAUAUAUCUUUUUGUGUUUAGGGAUUGGUUUAACAAAUACUUCUUGCUUUUCCAAGAACUGUGAUAUUUGGUUACUUGCGUGUUCUGUAUAUCAUAAUUGUGACCUCUUGAUAUGAACAAGCUACGGUAAAUUGUCAAUGGAAAAAUAUGGCAUUGUGUUGACUACUUGCAUGAUUGUCAUAAGCUAUUUCUGUCCUCUCACUGAAAAAGUCCAAAGCUUUUUCAGCACAAAGAUUUCAAGCAUCAGCAUUGAAUCUGAUUUUAUUCCUGUACUAUCACAUGCCAAUGUCUUUGGUAUUUGUUUAGUGGAUGGUAACCUGCUACUUAUCACAUGCCAGUUUCAUUGUCAAGUGUGCAAUAGUAUUUAUAAAUGGCAAACACAGACAUUUUUUGUUACAUGUGGCAUGACAGCUCUACAGUAAACACAUUACAAAGCCUCAAUGGAUGAAAUGGAAAGAAAUUUGCUUCAAGAAUUGCAAAUCACUUGUAAAGCACAUUUUAAUUAUGUUGUCACUCACAAGUCUCUCUUGUCAGUCAUCAUUGUAUUUCCAUAUAAAGAGGAAGACUUAAGAAUUUGAUCAGCAACACUGCUUGGUUCAUUUAUUUGUAAGGAGGAUAAUUUAUUAAAUACUGUUCUUAUUUGUAUAUAAAUGAGAGGUGGAAACUGUAAUGUGACACUUCGUUCAUAGUUAUGUAUAAUUGAAUAUGAAUAAUAUCAGUCCAGACAUGUGCUUUAAGCUGUGAGCAAAGGCAUGUGAAUAUUUAUUAGCAAAAUGCCAAAUGUUGUAUGUAAUGUUAUUACAGGAUUGCUGGAAAUUGUGAAAUUGCCUCUUUAAAGUAAAAUACCAUUCUCUGUGCAGUUCACGGAUGAUAACCUUCAAUAGUAGAGCAUGUUGUGUUCAUGAUAUAUAAGUUGCAAAAUAUUUUGUGUAAUGUAGGGAAAUUUUUAGGUACAGUUUUAGAUGUUCAGUUUAUGCACUGUUCCUGUGGUUCUAUAUUUGUCUAGGCACAGUAAUUUCUAUUCCUGAAAACUGCAUAUGGAAUAUAUCUGUGAUGCUUUUAGUAAUGUGCAUUCAAAACUUUAUGUAUGUACACUUCUAUUCCCCAUCCUGUUUAAAGUUACUGUUACUCAGUACUUUUGAAUCUAAAUCGAUUAUUGUGUGUGUGGCCGAACACACUCUUGUCGCUUCUUCAAGGCUUUAAUUUUCAAUCAUGCUUUGUAUUUUGAGAGCCCCAAAGCCAAAUAUUUCUUAGAACAAAUUUAUAAAUGCAGCUGAAGUGGAAAAUAUUUCUCUAGAUCUAAUUUGCCUUGUAAGACAUUAUUGCCCAGGUAAAUGUUUCUUACAGCUCUAAUAAUUGUUUCAUUUAAUAAUAAAAUUUCUAAUUAUUUAAUUCAGAAAACUAACCACUGAAAAAAUGCUCUAAAUUUGAUAAAGAAUUGCUCAUUUUAAUAUUUACUGCAUAUGUUUUGGGUACUACUAAAUGAAAACACUUUUGGUAUAGUCAGUGAGACUGUGCAAUACAAGAGUAAAUCAGUCUUCUGUUCUGUGCUUACAGAUUAAAUUCUAUAUACCUUAUAAGAAAGGGAAAUAAAGUUUCCAGAAUUUAUCAGUUCAGCUUAUGGCAAAGUCAUCUCGCUGCUGCGUCAGCAAAGGAUUUUUUCAUUAUUUUUGUUUGUUUAUUGACGUAUGCGUCUACCUUUCGCACUAGAUGAAAGACUAAAGUAAACUUGAAAUUGGGGAAAUUUUGCUGUUGCAUGUGGUCUCAUGUUUGAUAGAUUAACAAUUAGAAUUUACAGAAAGAGCCGAAAGAUAAUAUAUCACACUUUCUGCAUUACAUUGAGUAUAGAAAAAAUUAAAACUUCUUUAUUUUGCUUUUAUCAUCCCAACAUCUUGAUUAGGGCCACAUAUUGUGUUUCCAUUUUAAUUGUGAUGGUUUGCUUUACAAAUUGUCACCCAGAGGUCCGGAUUGUUAAUUAACUGACUGAAAAAUUGAAACAAAAAAAUGAGGGGUUUUAAUCAGAAUCUGUAUCUGUAUUUUAAAUAAAAGUUCCAUAUAUAAAUAUCUUAUGACAUUGUGUAUUGUUUAAGAGAUUAAUUUGUAGAGAUGCAGAAUAUGAAGAGAGACUUCAGUACACUGGGUGCAUCACAGUUUUUCAAUUUUUUUCUUUACUUUAAAAUUUAAACUAAAUUUUAUAGGUUUUUCACUACUUACAUUAAAUUUUGAUUUGAACUGUAUAAAGAAGGAAAGCACAUUAUAAGAAGGAAGCACAAUAUAAAGUAAGACUAGAAAAACAAACCAAAAAGCCAAGAAUGAGAAGAAUGUGAUGUACAGCUAGACUUUCAAAUGCAGAGUUUGUGGUUAGUACUCAAGGCAAAUUGGACGGAAGGUGUGCUGUCGUGAUUCUACUAUUGCUGUCUUUCUCCUGGUUACAAUAAUUUUAUUUGGUGUGUGACAUAUGAAAAAGAAAGAAAGAAAUUAAUUUACACAAUGAAAGAGUUUACUCUGUUACAAGUCUGCUAUUCUUCACGGGCUGCUGCUUUCUAAGUAAUGUUAUGAAUUUAUUUCCAUAAAAGUUAACUAAUGCCAAAUUAUUGAUGUAUUUUAUUGCCAGAGAGGGUAAACGUGUUUUAUUGGUGUCACGUAGCAUUUAACUUCAGUACAAAUAGGAAUGUAAAAUAGUUCUCAUAUCUAGAGAAGUUGAGUGUUGCAUGAGGCAGUAGUUGAGAAAUAUUGUUUUGAUAUACAUCUUUGCAAGUAUUACCCACCUCCUUGCAUCACCCUUAACUACGUGUCUCUUUCAUUCAUUCAUUCUUUCUUAUUCAGAAAAAAAGUGCUGGUAAAAAAAAAGUAGCACUUUCCACUGGAAUCUACCACAAAGUGUCAUUCUGUCUUUUUUCUGGCUUCAUGCUGAGUUCUGAGUUUAUUUUACUGUUUUGCUUCUUUUUAUCUACAGAUGAAGGAACCCAAGCCUCUUGCACACCUAGACACAGAUUUUCCCAGAAAUUUGCUAAGAAAUUUGUCUCUAACUAUCAAGCAGUCGAAUCUGAAAGUAUUUCCUUGCAGAGACAAUUCAAGAAAAGUCAAGCUUAUGAUGCACUCAAUAUAGGCACCAUUUCGAUGAGGAUGUGGACAGAAUGUUGUAAUGUUUUUGAAAUUACUGAGUAUUAAGUGUUUCAGAAAUUUUACAUGUACCAGAAUAUAAAAGAAAUGCAAGUAAUUGUGCAGUGAGUUAAUUACUUAUUUAAUAUUAAUGUAUUCCAUUGGCAUUCAUAUUUUCAAUAAAUUUUGCUCCCAUGAACUGCAGUCUGCUCAGUAGUUACCAAGUUUGUUUGUUAAAGAACAACAUACACAUAGUACAUAUUAAGUGGUAUACUGGCAGUCUGCUGCACAGCACUACCUCACUUGGUGGAAAGGUGUAGUGGUCCGUCUGCAUAUCAUUAUUUACCCACUGUUUGCUUUCUAUUGCAAAAACCCCAGUUUCUGUUUGGACUAGGUUGGUCAGUAUGUAUGCAGACUGAAACCACAAAAAUCUUGAUUUACUGUAAAGUAUGUAGACAUCAGUUGUUCAUUCCUAUGUAUUUAAUAUGUUAUAGAGAGAUGUGAUGCUUGGCUGUGGCAGUAGUCCGUAUAACAUAGACAGAAUCCGAAAGUAUAGUGCGGGAGCAAAAGACUGUAGAAAAUUUGCAUGCUUUUGAUUUCUGUUGUGAACAAAACUGUUGGUUUUAUUGUAUGUCAUCAAAUUUGUAAUAAUUUAUGGAGUUACUUAUUUUCAUUAGUCUUUAGAAACAACUUGGAAAUCAUGUCACAGGAAUUAGUCAUUGUAUUUAUCUUGUACUUCAACCCACUUCGACAUAAAAUAUAACUAUGAUUAAUAAUAAAUAUGUUAAAAAUGGUGUCCUUUUAAGUAUUUCUGUGGCAGGAAUUAUUAAUUCUGUACUACUGGUGAAUUGGAAAGCUGGUACAUGCUUAUAUAGAAAUAUUCAGUAAUUUAUCUUUUGACGUGAUGCUUUACUUGCUGGUGGUAUUGUCCUAAUUUCUUUGAUGGGUAGCAUCUAUGAUUGUUUUAUGGCCAUGAAAACAGACUGACAUGUUAAUGAAUGUUCAAUUUACAAGAAGAUAAAAUGUCUUUCAUUCCUUCAUGCCUAGCGUGUGCUGUGGACAUUGUCUAUUGAUGUAGAAGUGGUGUUGUGAUAAAGAACGUUGUAUAUAGCAGCAGGAAUGCUAGUAUUAUUUUUUGGGUAGGCGGAUUCAAAUGCAAAUACUCUCAAGUUCUGUGACUUUAGUAGUAUUUAAGUGGCCCUUGUCACGGUACUCCUGUACUCUCAUGUAAAAUGUACAUAGUGAAAUGUAAAUAAUGUAUUUAGUGAAGUGCUGACUUGUGGUAAAAUCUCUGUGUGCUGUGAAUUUUUUAUUGUUAGGAGGAUACUAAAAUAAUUGAGUAAGUUUAUUGACUGUUUGUUGAAGGAUAAAUUUGUUGCUUUCAAUAUCUAUUUGAUGGCUCAGAUGACAAAUGAUGGAACAGCAAGCAUAGUUAAAUUUCUGACAAGCUGUAGCAAAUGAGGGGUUAAGUUGGCUGGCCAGCCAUGCAUUUUGGAAAAUGCUAAUAUAAUAUCUUUAUAAUGAACCACAGAAUACUGAUUUAAACCAAAAUUAAAUAUUUUCCCAGGUACUAAUGUCAACAUACAUGUUUCAUGUGAUCGAUCUUCUGGGUGUGUGGGGAUUGAAAAAUUGAAUAAGAAGCAUUUACAAAUUUAGACUUUGAAUUGAUCCAUGUGAAGUUUUCAGGUAAUAAAGCAGUAUUUUGGAAGAGAUAUCUGGAUUUAAGUAAUAUAUCACAGAAUUUUGUUUCCUGGAAACCUAUUUUGUUGGCUCAGCACUGUAACAGUUAUCAUUCAUUUUGUAUUAUCAGAAUUAUUCUUGAGCUUUGUGUUGGAAUUCUCUGCUGUUUUUAAUGCAUCUGUACGUUAUUUCAUGUGCUGCACAUCAUUUCACUUGUCACACACCCCAUAUUCAAAUAAUAUUGUUCCAUGGCUUCAGUUGUAGCUAACAAACACUUUUUGAGAUGUCCUAAAGGGUAGUUAAGCACUAAGUGGUGGAACUGGGUUAAUGCUUGCAAAAAUAAAUACACAUACACAAGAAACAAUCAUCAGUCAUCCAUUUUAGGCUUUCAUGGCUGGUAUUUGCGUCUUGGGUGAUUUUUUUGUUGUUGCGUGGGCAUAGGACAAUCACCAAGGUUGCAAAGAAGAGACCAUUUUGGUAAUUUGUGGAGGAUUAACUUCUUUCUUUGCAGACUUUGGUAUCCUAGGCAUUUUUACCCAUUGUUCCUUCACACAUUUUACUGUCAUGGUUCCUUCAUACACAGAUGAAAUUACAAUUUGUUUGGACAAUAGAUUUUAGUUGUGAGUGAUUUACUGUAUCUCCUAGGAAUGUUUGGUUACUUCCAACCACUGUUAAGAGAUUGAAGUUCUCAUUAACUAGACCAAGCACUAUAAUUUGUGGUUCACAACAUGUUUUGAAAUGGGUAACUGUAAUUUUUGUGGAGACCGAGAUGAUGGUUUUAUUUUUUGCACCACACUUGGUAUAUAACAGUUACAUUCUAUAGGGAAACUUUUCAGUAUGUGUAUAUUUGCUCCCUUUUGUAUUGGGUGCUUUUUCAAUCUUUCCCCUUUAUAACAGAAAUUAAUAUGCUGCUGUUUCAUGAAAUAGGAAUAAUUGCUGUAACAAAAACAAGAAAUGGUUACUCAGGGUAUUUGUUACAACUGGACGUUGAUGCAGAGAAAUGCAGAAGAUUGUCUUAAUGCAAUGCAUCUAUGGGAAUUUUGAUCAGAUCAGUUACCACAGAAUAAUCAUCCAGUCAGCUUGGAAGUAAUGGAGGGUAUUUUUCACAUAUCUAAAAACAAUUGUUUCACGUGAAAAAUGUAUAUGCUUUUUAUCUGUGCAAUAUUUAAGUACAGUUUUCAAAAUUUGCACGGAUUCCUAGAUCCGCAUAGGAAAUUGUAUAAUUUGUCAUUGAUUUAAUGUUAUCACUAUUGCCAUUAUUUGUAUUUAAUUUAUUGGAUCAUUUUGUGUAAAUAUAUUGGUAUGAAUUACUCAGUUUAGUGUACAAAUUGUUUAUAGUGAACAGUGACUUGAAAAUGCUUAAAUUGUUAUCUCAGAUUGUGAGUUACAUGAAGAUGUUAGGAUAACAGUAAAAUACUGUGGAAGUACAAGUCGUAUAUUUAUUUAAUUGUUGUAUGAGAUAGAGAAUAUAUAUCUGUCUUAUUUUAAAACAAUUAUCCAUGCUUCUGAUAGACUCUGCAAAUAAAUUUUCUUUACAGAAGAUUAA